AUGAGUUUCAAGACUGAUUUGGAAACGAACUUUGCAGAGUGUGUUUUAAAUGCAGGAAAAGUCAUCCUUGGGGAGAAGCAAAGGAGUGAGAUGGAUCCGGACCUGCAGAAAGAACAGAAUCAAAGCAUCUUGCAUGCCAUAUGCGCUCUGCUGAAUUCUGGUGGAGGAGUGAUCAAGAUUGAGAUUGCGAACAAGGACUACGAUUACAGAAUCCACGGAGUAGGGUUGGAAUCGCUUCCAAUGUUCAAAGGCUAUCUGGACGAGCUCCACCAGGAAGACCAAAACCUCUUUUUUAUUUUUGUGAAAUCAUGGAAUGCAAAGGCCUCUGGGGUACAGCUUGCCACUUUGUCCUCCAAUUUGUACCAGAGACAUAAAACAUCUACGAAUAAGAUGACAUCUGAGGAAGCACUGGCGUUUCUCAGAGAGAAGACUCAGACAUUUAGGAAUACUUUCAGUUUAAGCCCAAAGAAAAUUCAGGAUGGUGUACAAAGCGAAGAAGACAUAAAGGCCUCCGCUGCUGCUUUAUUUGAUCGAGAUCACCUCCAGUACUUGGAAACACUCAAUUUUACUCAGUCCACUCACGUUGAGUUUAAAAUGUUCUCCGAAGAGGAAUUGCAACAUUUUGAGAAGGAUCUUUCCAGAUGUGUGUCUGCAUUUGCAAACACCGAAGGAGGGUACAUAUUUUGGGGGUGCAUAAAGAGACGCGUCAAGUUAUCGGAUGUGAAGAAGAGAAAAUAG